CCGUCUCUAAUACCUCUUGAACCAAACCCCAAAACCUCUCUCUCUGCUUCGUUCUAGGGCUUUUGUUACUCUUUGCUUUCAACGAUGGGAAAGGCGAAGAAACCUCAGAAGUUUGCUGUCAUGAAGAAGACGAUAAGCCACAAAGCUUUGAAGCAUUACAAGGAAGAGGUUCUGAAUCCAAACAAGAAGGACCUCACUGAACUUCCCAGAAACGUUCCGAAUGUUCCGUCAGGGAUGUUCUUUUCUCACAACACUAAUAUGGUUCCUCCUUACCGAGUUCUGGUGGAUACUAACUUCAUCAACUUCUCUAUCCAGAACAAGAUUGAUAUAGAGCAGGGGAUGAUGUUCUGCUUGAACGCAAAAUGCACUCCUUGUAUCACGGACUGCGUCAUGGCUGAGCUUGAGAAGUUAGGCCAGAAGUAUCGUGUCGCUCUUAGGAUUGCUAAAGAUCCGCGCUUCGAAAGACUACCUUGUGUACACAAAGGGACAUAUGCUGAUGACUGCCUCGUUGACAGAGUUACUCAGCAUAAGUGCUUCAUGGUGGCUACUUGUGAUAGAGACUUGAAGCGAAGGAUUCGAAAGGUUCCUGGUGUGCCUAUCAUGUACUUGGCGGGGCGCAAGUACUCAGUAGAGAGGCUGCCUGAAGCAACACUUGGUAGAGCUCCAAGAUACUGAUAUCUGAUCCAGGACCUGUAUGGAUUCCGAGAAGCUCUGAAGACUCUGAAGACUUGAGUUAGUGUCGGUUUAAGCUUUGAAUCAGAUGUUUGUGAUGUCUCGAGGGAUCUUGUUCUCUGCUGUCUGUUUGAUACAAAAGGUUAACUAAUAACGAGUCUUUACACU